CUUUCCUAUUGGUUAAAACCGCGUCAGUGAAUUCGACCCCCCUUCCCGGCCACUGUGAUGUAAACAGGAAGAGACUUAGACAAAUUUCUGUUUACUUUUUCAGGUGACUAGCGUGCUAGCUAAUGGAGUUCGUGGCUAGAAAUAAACACAAGGGGCCUUAACAUCCCACAAUAUUACCUACUAAUGUGAGUAAGACCAAGAUGGACGACAUCAAUUUACACUACAGGAUCCUCAACUGGAGGCGCAGGAUCAGAGAAAUAAGGGAAGUGCGUGCCGUACGCUACCAGGAGCGCUACAAACGCAUGCUGAAGGACGGAGACACUUUGAGUUACCAAGGGAACUCUGAUGAAGUUGGCUGCUAUGUGGCUCCACGGCCUUUAUCAAAAGGAAACUGUUACUUUGAGGUGACUAUAAUGGACACAGGUGUCAGAGGGACUAUUGCUGUGGGUCUGGUUCCUCAGUUCUACAAGCUUGAUCAUCAGCCUGGCUGGCUGCCUCACUCAAUCGCUUACCACGCUGAUGAUGGGAAACUGUAUAAUGGCAACCCUGUCGGCCAGCAGUUCGGCCCCAAGUGCAACCGUGGCGAUCGGAUAGGCUGCGGGAUCUAUGCAGACGCUUUCGACGCCGGACUCACCACUGUGUUUUUCACCAAGAACGGCAAAGAGGUGGGCUCGGUGGUGGUGCCCGUGGCUCCGGGCGGCCUUUUCCCUGCUAUCGGCAUGCACUCUCUGGGGGAGGAGGUGCGCCUGAACUUGCAGGCCGAGUGGGGCACGGAGGAGGAGGACAGCAUCAUGAUGGUGGACAGCCACGAGGACGAAUGGGGACGCCUGUAUGAUGUCAGAGUCAGCGGAACGCUGCUGGAGUAUGUAGGAAAGGGAAAGAGCAUCAUGGACGUGGGACUCGCUCAGGCUCGCCAGCCGCUCUGCACACGGAGCCACUACUUCGAGGUAGAGAUUGUGGACCCUGGAGAGAAGUGCUACAUUGCAUUGGGCCUCGCUCGAAGAGACUACCCUAAGAACAGACACCCAGGCUGGAGCCGAGGCUCGGUAGCAUAUCACGCAGAUGAUGGGAAGAUCUUCCACGGUAGUGGAGUUGGAGAUCCGUUCGGCCCACGUUGCUUUGAAGGGGACAUCAUGGGCUGUGGGAUCAUGUUCCCUCGUGACUAUGAAGAUGAGGUUGAUGAUGGAGAGGACAUAGCCAAGAAUCCUGAGCAAAACUGCGUUCAGAACGUACUGUAUCUAAACGAUGAGGAGGAGGAGGAGGAGGGAGAUGAUGCAGAGCAAGAGCAGGAAGGCAGGAAGGUUAUGGUGUUCUUCACCCGCAACGGGAAGAUCAUCGGGAGGAGGGAGGUCGUGGUGCCGGCCGGAGGAUUCUACCCCACCGUCGGCAUGCUGAGCACCGGAGAGAAGGUGAAGGUGGAUCUCCACCCUCUCAGCGGCUAACGGAGACUACACAGACUACAACCAGUCCCGUGUCAGCAGUUCAACUGUGAGCUUGUAGCAUCAUGAACGGUUUAAAAGGGAAUCAGGGAACAUUUAAGUCUGCAAACUGAUCUAAUGUUUCUUUGUUUUUAUUAUUAUUCAUGGGUGCACACUGUGGAAGUUUUUGUUUUGUUUUGUUUUGUUUUUCUUCUUCUUCAUAUUAAUUGCCAUGGAACCAAAAACGGCAGUGCGCAUGGUUUUCACUCACGCUGGAAUAACGAUGCAUAUCUUACUGUCUUUACGUCUUUUUGUCCUUCAGGGGCCGAGCUGUAUUCUCUUUCUACGGUUUUGUUGAUGGUUCUGUGUGUAACCAUGUUGAGCGGCUGUAUUCAGAGUUGAGCAUAGUGUGUGUGUAUGUGUGUGUGUGUGUGUGUGUGUGUGUGUGUGUGUGUGUGUGUGGGGGAAGAAAUUAACACUGAAACUGCAUACACUCAUAUAAGGGCUACUCAGAUGGUUACAUUAUUAUGUAUUAAAUAGCAGCUAUUCACACUUUGUACUAAAGGGCUUUUUUCUUAGCUUUUUUUUUUUUUUUUGACAAUUUUUUUGUCACUAAUUUGAUAUUGGCAAUAUUAUAUCUUUGGGUAAUACUAGUGGGAAAAAAGCAUCAUUUGAGGCCAACGUUAAAACUCAAAUCAGGGGUGGACAAAUCAUAAACUCAUUAGCUGGCACAUCAUUCAAGUAAUACCUCUUAAAGUGCUGCCGAGUACCAGUGUUAAUUGACCAGGCUAAAAAGUGGCAAGCUAAUACAGAGACAAAUGUGUAUAAAAUUCCCUGCAUAGGGAAUGAGAUCGAAUUGGUGCCCUUGACACAAAACUCAGCAAGUUGUUGGCUAAUAGUUCGGCUAUUAGCCGUGAUGUUUUCUUCACGCCGCACAUAAAAAAAUAUUCUUCGAGUCUGGAUAUCGUCUUCAUAUUUUUUUCUAAAUGUUUACCCGUGAGGCGAGGGUCGAGCUCCGCAGUAAUCCUCUGUUCACACUAGUAAGAGACAAGCCACUCAAAUCACUUGUUCUUGUGGGCGUGCACGGUCUAGAAAAUCGAGGAGAAAUGGUAGUAGCUAUAUAUAGCUUCUAGAGCUAGCUAUUUAAACACAAAUGCUAAUAAUUCACUAAUCAGAGUGAAAAUUGGUUGAUUUACUUGCUAGGCUUCAUAUUCACCUUGUUGGCAGAUUAGUAAAGCAAGCUACAGUCAUGUAAGUAAAAAUAAGUACACCCCAUGGAAAUUGUUGGCGUUUUUUUUGGACAAGCAAACAUUUGAUCAUCUUUGAAGCAUUGCCUAUUAAUGAAGUUGAUGUACUCGAACAAAACCCCAAGGGAAACCACUGUGGAGUGGAAAUGCCUUUUCAAUCAUUUAUUCAACAGAAAAACUGCUAGCCUACAGAGCCUACUUGUCCAGUGGGCAGCUAGGAAUAAAAAACGAAUCGCCUGGACAUUGUCCUGGGUGACAUUUACAUCGAAUUGACACCACAUUCUGCCAACGCAGGUCAUUUAUGUAGUCUAAAUCAUUAUCUAAAUACGAACUGUUUGUCAUACAUAUAUAUAUAUUUUUAUUUUAUUUUAUGAGCUUACAGUAAGUGGCCGGCUUAAAUCCCCAACUCUGAAUACAGCGAAACUGAGUUCUUGAAUUAACAAAUGAGAGUUAUAUGAAGUUGAUUUUCUGUCAGAUGCAUAGUUCAUAUGUAGCUCUAUAUAUAUAUAUAUAUAUAUAUAUAUCUCACCGGCUGUACUGAUGCCACAUAAAGUAACAAAGAAUCACUUCAGGAAAUAGCUGAAUGAAUGAAUGAACAGAGUGAAGGGAGGGGGGGGAUGGCAUUUCGGUUUAUAAACAGCAUGUAUUUAAAUUUAAGGGUCAGUCGCAUCCCUGAGCGUCACGAUCCUGCACCUUCCCCUUUCCCUCACUAUCUUAAAGCUGGUGACAUUUCUACUUUGUCAUGUUUCCGGUUUGGUUUUUUUUCUUGAUCAACUGACAUUCAGGAAGAAAGUGCCACUUUGUUAUCGCUGCCCCGUGGAAAUGAGGCUUUGGGCAGGAGCAGAGAAAUGUCACGAGGUAAAUGCGUCAUCAGCAAGAGGUCAGUCACGUAGUUUUGCCGUGACGUACACUUUUCUGAGACGCUAAAUGCAAUCCGGGGGGGGGGGAUAUAUAUAUAAAAA